AUGGCGAUCAAAUUAAAAGGGAAAACCCCAGAUCAGCCAGUUGAAAUGCCACCUCAACCCAUGAAAACUGGAGGAGGGGUGAUUUUAAAGGAAAAAGAGAUUGAGGAAAGAAUCAUGCAAGUUGAACCUUAUAUUCCCCAAUUUGUGAACAUGACACGUCCUUUGCAGAUCAUUCCAGAGCACGAAUUGGAGAAAUAUGAAAAGGUGAGAAAGCAAAAUUUUGAUCACUUUCAAAGGUUUCAGGGCAAGUAUGUUAAUAUACUUGAAGGGUUGGAACUGCACACCAAUGUGUUCACCAGCAGUGAACAGGAGGACAUUGUAGAAGUGUUUUUCUUGGAGCGAGAAAUGGGUCGUGCUGGUCGGCUAAGAAGAAGGACAUAUUUUGAGCCGAGAAAAUGGAAACGGGGUGAAGGAAGAGUUACGAUCCAAUACGAUUGCUGUUACAAUUUUACCAAAAAUAAAGAAGGAAAUCCUCCCAGAAUAAUUCGUCAUGAUGAGGUUGACCCGUUACCAUCAUUCAUCAAAAGAACAAUCAAACGAUUGGUGACCUGGCAUAUACUUCCAGCAGAUUGUAUCCCAAACAGCUGUAUAGUUAAUAUCUACGAAGCUGGUGACUACAUUCCUCCACACAUCGAUCAUCAUGAUUUUGCAAGGCCAUUCUGCACGAUAUCAUUUAUAAAUAAAUGCAACAUCAUGUUUGGAAUAGAAAUUCAAAUUAUUGGUGAUGGAGAAUUUCAAGGUUCCGUAGAAAUUCCUUUGCCUGUGGGCUCUGUGUUGAUCUUAAUGGGAAACAACACUGAUGUGGCCAAACACUGCAUCCCUGGAGUGCAAUAUCUGAGGGUUUCAAUAACCCUCAGAAUGAUGAAUGAGGAUAAGGUACCAUUCCGGUUCAGACCUGAUCCUGAGAUCGAGAACUUGCAGCCUUUUGAGUUGUAA